GCGCGACGUGGGCGGGGCGGCCGGCCGGGGUGGAGCUGCGCCAUGGUGCAGGCCUGGUACAUGGACGAGUCCGCCGACGACCCCCGGACGCCCCACCACGCGCAGCCCGGCCGCCCGGUCGGCCUGGAGCAGCUGCGCCGGCUUGGCGUCCUGUACUGGAAGCUAGAUGCUGACAAAUACGAGAAUGAUCCAGAAUUAGAAAAGAUCCGAAAAGAGAGGAACUACUCCUGGAUGGACAUAAUAACCAUAUGCAAAGAUAAACUGCCAAAUUACGAAGAAAAGAUUAAAAUGUUUUACGAGGAGCAUUUGCACGUGGACGACGAGAUCCGCUACAUCUUGGACGGCAGUGGGUACUUCGAUGUGAGAGAUGAGGAAGACAGAUGGAUCCGGAUUUCCAUGGAGAAGGGGGACAUGAUCACUCUCCCCGCGGGGAUCUACCACCGCUUCACGCUGGACGAGCGGAACUACGUGAAGGCCAUGCGGCUGUUUGUGGGAGAUCCGGUGUGGACGGCGUACAACCGGCCAGCGGACCACUUCGAGGCUCGAGGGCAGUACUUGGCAUUUUUGGCACAGACAGCAUAGCAGUGCUGCCUGGCACCCACACCCGCCUUCACCCCUUCAUGGUCCUCAGCACGACAGCAGAAAAUCUGUCAUGUUCUCCUUGCUUUUACUGUAGACUUUAGGCUGGGUGAGAUUUCCUCUGCGAGAUUAUUUGAUCAGAAUAUGUUUUAAUGAAAGGAGCUAUAAAACUGAUUUUUGCAUGGAA